GAAGUUUCAUAAAUUUGCAAAACACUUUACUAAGUAUAAAUUUUAUCUUUCAUCAAAAUGUACCGUAAAAUGUUUGAUAUUUCAGUGAUAACAAUAUUUGUAUUUUUAAUUUUUCCGUCGUUUUCCAUAUGCGAUUCAAAAGAAGAUACGAAGUUGAGUCAAGACGACUUAAAAAAGUAUAUGAAAAUUAUGGAUACUAUUAAUGUCGAUGAACUUAUCAGCAACGAUAGAUUAAUGAAUACUCACUUCAAAUGUUUCUUAAACGAAGGACCGUGUGUUUCACAAUUUAAGGAUCUAAAAAAAGUAUUACCGGAAUUGAUUAAAGAUAAUUGCUCCACUUGUAGCGAUGCUCAAAAAACAAAAAUGUACAAUUCAAUUGAAAAAAUAAGAGCUAAAAAACCUGAAGAAUUUGAUAAGUUUACAAAAAUAUAUGAUCCAGAAAACAAAUACUUCAAAAAACCAUAAGACAUUAUAUCAUUCUUAAAAAUAUAAUACGAAUUUCAUUAACUUAGUUUUAUAAAAAUAAAUCUGCUAACAAUGCAUGUGUUAUAAGUUUUAAAACUUGUUAUGAAUUUACAAAAUAUUUUAUGGACUGAAAUGUUUAACUGUAAUUAAAUUGGUUGAUUAUUCAUUUUUUAUGAGAUUAACUGAAUAAUUCAAAAAGUUGUUUUUCAUUUAUAAAAAUAACACAUUAGUUUUAAAAUUAAAUUAAAUUUACUGAAAUUUUUAUUAAACGUUGCAAAAAUAGAUGUAAUUUUUGAAAAAAUAAAAUAUUAGAAACAUUUUAAUAACUUGUCACAGAAAUAUUUCUAUGAAAAAUAUAUUUUAACAAAAUCACAGAUUGACUAUAAAAAUUAUAAACAUUUAGAAAUAUUUCAUGAAUGAAUAGUUUAUUAACAAAAAAAAACAUAUUUUUUUUCAAGUAAUUACAAAUUUCUGUCCUAAUAGUAUUUAUCGUUAAUAUUAAAAAUUAAAUCUUUGUAGUUUAGUUAAUAUCAUAGAAUUAAUUUAAAUUGAGGUGUAAAAAAGUUAAGGUAACUGAAAAAUAAAAUGAUUAUACAAAUAUUAAGUUUAUAAUUAUAUUUAUACAAAAUAGGGCUACUUUGAGGAUCAUACAAAAAAAUAUUUACUCUUUAUUAAAAAUGAACAGAUCUUGAAUUUUUUUUCUUCUAUUAAUUCUUAUUUUUAGUUGAAUCUCAUAUCAUGAACACAAUGUGAGAAUGUUGGAUACCACAGCAUAUAGAUAUGUUUUAAGGCUGAGUAUUAUGUACUAUCGAAUAUGUAAAAAAUAUUUAAAAAAAGAGUAAAUAAUACUGAUAUUUAAUAA